UGUCAGCGAGAGAGAGAGAGAGAGCUGGGAGAACGCUAGUGGGGAGCAAACCAGAGGCGCCGGCUCAAUCUGAGCAGUGGAAGCUUUGCAAACAAAACGUGUCCUUCCUCUUACAACUUCUGACAGACUUCCAAGGAUCUAUUUAAAUUUAAAAAAAACUCUUCUCACCCCCCCUCCCCUUCUCCUUCUGUUCUCCUCUUGGAAAUCUGGGUGACUUGUCCAGCAGGCAGGAGGGGAAAAAAACUGGAAAGAAAUCCAAUAGAAAUGAUUUGAGUAUCAUGAACAAUAGCUAGCAGACCAGAUGCUGACCAUGGCUCCAAGAAAACGGAAUAGGCAUGUGCUGGGAUUUCUCUGUUGCUUCCAGAGCACUGAUCACCCAGAGAUCACCUUCAAGGACAGCAGUGUGCCACUGCAGCUUCUCGAAUUCUCCCUCCCAAUCCCGCCCACCGAUGAACUCAACGCCAGGUUUGCAGAACUCGUUGAUGAGUUGGACCUCACUGACAAGAACCGAGAUGCUAUGUUUGCACUGCCCAUGGAGAAGAAAUGGCAAAUUUACUGCAGUAAGAAGAAGGAACAAGAUGACCCUAAUAAACAGGCCACCAGCUGGCCUGACUACUACAUUGAUCGUAUCAACUCCAUGGCUGCAAUGCAGACGGUUUUUGCCUUCGACGAGGAGGAAAUGGAGAUGAGAAACACGGUUGUCGAAGGCCUUAAGACAGCUCUUAGGACACAACCAAUGAGGUUUGUGAUGCGGUUCAUCGAACUGGACGGGCUUACGUGCCUGUUGAACUUCCUCCGCAGCAUGGACUAUGACACGUCAGAGAGCCGCAUUCACACAUCCGUUAUAGGGUGCAUCAAGGCUCUGAUGAACAAUUCCCAAGGCCGGGCCCACGUGCUGGCUCACCCGGAGAGCAUCAACAUCAUUUCCCACAGCCUCAGGACAGAGAACAUCAAGACCAAGAUCGCAGUGCUGGAGAUCCUGGGUGCGGUUUGUCUGGUCCCUGGAGGCCACAAGAAAGUACUGCAAGCAAUGUUGCACUAUCAGGUUUACGCAGCAGAGAGGACUCGCUUCCAGACGUUACUUAAUGAGCUGGACAGAAGUACUGGAAAGUACAGGGAUGAAGUGCACCUCAAAACUGCAAUAAUGUCCUUCAUCAAUGCCGUGUUAAACGCUGGUGCUGGAGAGGACAAUCUGGAAUUUCGACUGCACCUCCGAUAUGAGUUCCUCAUGCUAGGAAUCCAACCGGUGAUUGAUAAACUGCGAAACCAUGAGAACGCAACAUUAGACAGGCACUUGGACUUCUUUGAGAUGGUCAGAAAUGAGGAUGAGAAUGAACUUGCAAAGCGACUUGACCUGGUGCACAUUGACACCAGGAGCACAAGCCAGAUGUUUGAGUUGAUUCGGAAAAAGCUGAGUCACACGGAAGCCUAUCCACAUUUGGUGUCUAUCCUCCAGCACUGCCUCCAAAUGCCCUGGAAGAGAAAUGGCACUAACAACCAGCACUGGCAGCUCCUCGACAGAAUACUGCAACAGAUCGUGCUGCAGGACGAGAAAGGGGAGGAUCCUGAUGUUGCACCAUUGGAGAACUUCAAUGUGAAGAAUAUCAUUCGGAUGCUAGUGAAUGAAAAUGAGGUGAAGCAGUGGAAGGAUCAAGCCGAGAAGUUCAGGAAAGAACACGUGGAAUUAUUGGCAAGGCUGGAGAAGAAGGAGAGGGAGUGUGAGACCAAAACCCAGGAGAAGGAUGACAUGAUGAAAACUCUCAAUAAGAUGAAGGACAAACUCCAGAAAGAGUCAGCAGAGUUGCGCCAAGCAAGGGAGCAAGUGGUGGAAUUCUCCAUCCGUCUGAAUGAACUAACAAACUCAAAUGCGGGCGGCCUCCCCUUCCCCCAUCCCCCUCCCCCUCCGCCGCCUGGCGGGCCCCUCCCUCCCCCUCCCCCUCCCGUCCUGGGCGAGCUGCCCCCACCGCCCCCAGCCCUCCCGUACGAGUUCCUGCCUCCCCCUCCCCCGCCCCUGCCACCUGGUGGGCCCCCACCCCCUCCCCCUGGAGCCCCCCCCUUCUUCAGCUGCGCAGUGCCACCCGCUUUCUGCCUGCCGACGAUGGGAAGCUCCAAGAAGAAGGCCAUCCCGCAGCCGUCGCACCCGCUGAAGUCGUUCAACUGGCACAAGUUGGCGGAGGACAGGAUUCAAGGCACUGUCUGGAACGACAUAGAUGACCUGCGAGCCUUCAACACUCUUGACCUGGAAGAUUUUGAAAAGAUGUUCUCGGCCUACCAGAGGCAGCAGAAAGAGCUGGGGUCCACUGAGGAUCUGUACCUCACGAUGAGGAAGGUGAAGGAGCUAUCAGUGAUUGAUGGACGAAGGGCUCAGAACUGCGUCAUUCUGUUGUCAAAGCUAAAGCUGUCCAAUGAGGAAAUCAAGCGUGCAAUCUUGCAAAUGGACGAACAAGAAGACUUGGCCAAGGACAUGCUGGAACAGCUCCUCAAGUUCGUCCCAGAGAAGAGUGACAUUGACCUUCUGGAGGAGCAUAAACACGAGACUGAUCGCAUGGCCAGGGCAGAUCGCUUCCUCUAUGAGAUGAGCAGGAUUGACCACUACCAACAGCGCCUGCAGGCUUUAUUCUUCAAGAAGAAGUUUGCCGAGCGUCUCGCGGAAGCGAAGCCAAAGAUCGAAGUCAUCCUCUUGGCUUCCAAAGAGCUCUGUCGGAGCAAGAGACUGAAGCAGCUCCUGGAGGUGGUCCUUGCCUUUGGAAACUACAUGAACAAGGGCCAGAGGGGGAAUGCUUUCGGUUUCCGAAUCUCCAGCCUCAACAAGAUUGGAGAUACAAAGUCAAGCAUCGACAGGAACAUCACACUGUUGCACUAUCUGAUCAUGAUAUUUGAAAAGAGCUACCCAGAGAUCCUCACCAUUCAGUUAGAUUUACUUCAUGUGCCAGAUGCCGCCAAAGUCAACCUGGCCGAACUGGAGAAAGAAAUAAACAAUAUUAAGAACGGUCUGAAGGCUUUGGAGGCUGAACUGGAAUACCAAAAGCGCCGGACACGGGACAGUGAAGACAAGUUUGUUCCCGUUAUGAGUGACUUCAUUACUGUCGCUAGCUUCAGCUUUUCAGAGAUGGAGGAUAUGUUAGUCGAGGCGAAAGAUAAGUACUCCAAGAUGCUGAAGCACUUCAGUGAAGACGAGACCAAGAUGCAGCCGGACGAAUUCUUCGGGAUAUUUGACACUUUCCUACAGUCGUUUGCUGAAGCAAAGCAGGACCUGGAGAACAUGAGGAGGAAGAAGGAGGAGGAGGAGCGCCGGGCCCGCAUGGAAGCCAUGUUGAAGGAGCAGCGGGAGAAGGAGCGUCGGUUGAAGAAAGCCCGUGCCGGCAGUGUCUCGGAGGAGGUCGGCGAGUUUGAUGAUCUGGUCUCGGCUCUGCGGUCUGGCGAGGUCUUCGACAAGGACCUGUCAAAACUGAAGCGGAACCGCAAGCGGGUGGUCAACCAGCUGGCAGACAGCAGCCGGGAGCGGGCAGUGACUAAGCUCAAUUACUGAAGGGACUGGCUGCAACCCAUUGAGUGCACCUUGGGGGGAUCUAAACGCCGGAUGUUAGGCGUGAGUGUGCACGGUUAUCGGAAAUGGUGUGGAGGAUCCCAUUACACCUCCCUCCACCCAGCUCCCCACUUCCCUCAAGCUGCAACUCCUCAGUGGCCCCGAGACGGAGGGAAGAUAAAAGUGGAACACAGGACCUUUUCGUUUUUUUGCUCUCUUCCCGCCCAGAAACAGGACAGGACCCCUGAAUCUCUCUCUCUCUCUUUCUCUCUCUCUCUCUCUCUUUCUCUCUCUUGCUCGGCCUCCACCUCUUCACUGUAAGAGAGUGAGGGCGAAUAUGGGGCCCAGUUUCCCAAGUGCCUGUGCAUGUUGUGCAUCUGUCACCAGCCACUGGGGCCUACCCUUCCGAAAGCCGGACACUCCUGCCACUGGCAGCAUCCAAAGGACAUGGAAGCAAGAACGUUUUGUGGGUUCGCAGACCUCUGGGACUCAGAAGGAAAGCCAUGAUGCUUUGCCAUUACUGUCACCCUGACUUCUUUCCAGUUUUACAUUGGUCCCCACUCUCCUGUCCAAAGGCAUCAAGUUAUCGAGUCUCUCCAGUCAAGCAAACGUUGGUGGGAGCUCACUAACAAAUGUCCUUUCCUGGAGUGCCAAUCCAUAUCUCCUGCUCUCGUCUUUUCCCAGAGCUUCCAGUUUAACCAACUUGAUGGCAACCCAACUGCGCAUUGGAAAAUCGUUGGAUUGUGAGCAUGGAGGAGUAACGUAACCGUCCUGAGCAUUUGAUUCCCACCACUUUGGACAUCAGUAAAAACAUAUUAUGACAACAACAAAAAAUAAGGACAGUAUUAAAUGCAGUCAGUGACUCUCUGCACUGAUGGUCACCUGAGCACAUAUACAUGGUAACAGAAACUAGAUAGACACAGCAAAAAUAUCUGGGCCUAUAUUGUGCAAUAAUUUUCUUUAAGCUUUUAUAGAUAUAUGUAUAAUGUUUAAAGUUUUACUUUGAAAAAAGAAAGUUAGUCCUUUCGAAGAGUAGACUCGUCACAUCCAAUGUGACUAAAAUGAGCAUGGUAAAUUCAUUCAGGCCUUUUUCUCACCAGCACCUCUUGAGCAAUCUCCCCUCUCUCCACGCCAACAGUCCCCUGAACGUCCAAAUAAACCCAAUUUCUCCAGACAUGUUUAAUUCAGGGGAAGAAAGCAUUCUUCAGAACUGAAUCAAAUACCAGCAAGAUAAAGCUUUCUUUUUUCCGAAAGAAAGGUUCAACAGGACCCCCAGUAGGCUCUGAAACUCAGGCCUGAUGUGGGCUACUAAUCCCUGCUUCUUUCAACUCUCAAAGAGGAAGGAAGAGUAACAACGCAGCACAUAAAGGAAAUGACAGACUUUCUUCCUUGUUUUGAAAUCUCCAGCACACCCUUCAUUGGGCAGCAGGGCAGAACUUUUCUCCAGUAUCUAGCACGUGAACUUUGCCAACUUUAAUCCAUUCCCCUUUCCCCCAGAUGGGGAUACAAGAGCUAUUGUCUACACUAUGUUAAUGCAGCAAGCCAAUGGCCUGUUUAGUAAAUGUAGCACUAUAUUAUAGACGUAUAUUGUUUUUAAGGUUGUAAUGAGUUGUGUGCACAGAUAAAGUGGAAUGAUUUCAGCUUCAGAAAAAUGAAGGAUUAGAAGUUU